AUGUAUCAACCUCAAUAUGGCGUGCCACAACAAGGCAUGCAGCCAGUCGCCUACAACAUGAACGGCAUUCAAGCUGCCGCCAUGGCUGCCACUGCCGCCGCAUCUGGCUCAAAUUACCCCUACAUGCACUCCGACCCCAGCAUGCCUCACACUUCUCCUCGAAUGGGAGGCAAAAAGGAUGGCCGUCCCUCUCCUCGAAUGAAUAAUCAAAUACCGCGCCGAGUCAGCCAGUCUGGAGUCCCCAAUCCGCAAGCCAUGAUGGGCCGGCCCGGUGUCCCUCAGGCGCAAAUGACCAUGGCUCAUCCGCAGUCCCCCGAAAUGCCUGCCAGUGGCGUCGAAGAGUCGCCGCUCUACGUCAAUGCGAAGCAAUUUCACCGAAUUCUGAAACGUCGCGUCGCGCGCCAAAGACUCGAGGAACAGCUGCGACUAACUUCCAAGGGAAGACGACCCUACCUCCACGAGUCACGCCACAACCACGCUAUGCGGAGACCUCGUGGACCCGGUGGUCGCUUCCUGACGACAGAAGAGGUUGCUGCCCUCGAAAAGGAUGGAAAAGGUCCAGAGGAUAGCCCUGAAGAAGCCGAAGGGGAUGCGGAUGAGGCCAAAGAACCUAGUGGUGCAGGCGCUGGUGCUAAGCGCAAGUCAGAAUCCGCACCGGAUGGGCAAAGCAAGAAGCCUCGAAAAAAUGAUGCUGCAGGGGAGGAGAGUGCUAGAGGCGCAGCAGAAAGCAGCCGAUGA